AUGACCGCAGCCAAACAUGCAACACUGAAGGCUGAGGCCAUCAAAGAUUCCGUGUAUGCCCAUGUCAGUCGCGAUGCCCAAGAGAGCGAUCUGCUACUCGACGAGUUCGAUUACAAUGCGUCGCUCCCGUUCAGCUAUCAGCCUCGUGACGGCUUUGGCUCUCUGCAAGACGUUCUUGACACGCUAGAGCACGAAACGCUUCUUUCCAAUUGCGCCAACUUUUCGAGUGAGACGUCCAUAGAGUGCUUGGACACUACCAAAGACAUAUACAAGACUCUGAACCUGAAUUUGGCUUGCUUGCCUAACAUGAUAGGACGGCCAGACUACUGGGCUCCUCAAGCUCACUGGUAA